AUGCAUCUCCUACCGCUAUUGACACUUACGUCAGGACUUCUGUCCUACACGCUCGCUUCAGCGCCCGCCUUACGCUCUCUCGACACUGCACCAGUCUUGCACUUCACUCUCACGCGUCGAGGUGGCAAAUUCGCUCCAACUGAAUUCGCACGCGACUACGUCAACCUGACCUAUCUCGCCGAAGAGCUAGAGAAGACAGAAGCUCGUUUCAACCUUACGAAGAGAGAGGUCAAAGGCAACAAGUUAGUCAGGAAGGCAAAGAACAAUGAGGUGGGUGGAAGGGAUCCAAGUGCACUUAUGGGUGAAGUGGCCGCAGAUGGAGUCUGGUAUGCGAAGGUCAAGAUUGGAGAUCCACCGCAAGAGAUUGAGAUGGACCUGAACAUGCUGGUCUCGGACUUCUACGUGGUUACGACAACAAGCCGCAAAGGGAGUCGAUACGAUGACUUCUUCUCCCAAUCAGCACAGAAGUCGCUAGAUCGUCCCUACCCAACCUGCUACCAACACACAGACCUCUUCACUCUACCGGCCAUCAACGAUCCAUUGCCCCUUUCGUUCCCAUACUGCCGCCCCUCCAAGUUCUCCCGCAACACGCUUGGCCCUUCCGGUAGCUCCUUGGGUCUUGCUCCAUCAGAACAUCUCAGCCAGACCGGCUCAAUAUCAUUAUUCAAGCAGUUACUUGAGAAAGAAGUCAUCCAGCAUCCGAUUUUCUCUUUGAUGCUGAUCAAUGGUCAAGACGGAGUCCUUAGUGUUGGAGGUACAGCUGCCAGCACCAUAGAGAUGGUGGUCAGCCAGACCGAGAACGCGCUAAAUCAGCUGGAUGGGACGGAAAAGGGUGACGUAGGCCCAGUUGAGAAAUUGGCGCCAUUAGUGAAGAGGAGCAGACACGGUAAAGAGGUUGUGACAAAGCGAGAGGAUUGGGAAACAGGAUGGGUCUGGACAGGAGUCCAAGGCGCCGAGGGAUGGUGGCAGUUGCUGAUGCGAGGAGUAUGGGUUGAUGGAAGUAAGGUAUUGCAGAAUCAGGCUGUGGUCAUUGAUAUAAACAGCCCUUUCAUUCUCGCCCCACCACUCGCCGUAAAAGCCUUCUACGCCUCCAUUUCGGGUUCACGGCCGCUUCCUCCUCCUUUCUCAAACUUCUACGUCUUCCCCUGCCUCAACCCACCAACGCUACAUUUCGAGUUCAGUGGAACCCCUUUUCCAUUCAUGCAAGGAGGUCGUGGCGCCGAAUGGUCUGGCAUUCCAGGUGGCAAGUUCAGUCUGGGUAGGCUAGAGGCAGGCAGUGGGUAUUGUGUUGGAGCGGUGGUGGAGACGAGGAUGGGGAUCCGAGAGGAGAGGGAUGAAGUAGUGCAUGAUGGGAAGAAAGGCCGAUCAACUCCUAGCAGAGGAGGACUAGGAGGCAACGGUAUGAGAGAUGUGUGGGUCAUUGGAGAGGGCUUCUUUAGGGGUGUUGGAGGGGUGUUCGAUUUUAAAGAGCAUAGAGUGGGAUUCAGGGCGUAUUAG